AUGACGACCAGAUAUCGCGUAGAAUAUGCUCUCAAGACACAUCGACGAGAUCAGUUGAUUGAAUGGAUCAAGGGCCUUCUAGCAGUCCCAUUUGUGCUUCAUUCCCAACCUACCGCUGUCUUUGAGCCUGAAGGGGAAUCCGUUGACGCCACUGCCACCCGGACCCAGCGACGAUAUGCCGAGAUUAUGCGAGACGUUGAAGACAUAGUGAACGAUCACAUCACGCACCAGCAGACCGGAACACAGCACCGCUCUAAACUCAAGCUCCUGGUGCCCUCGGUUGCAAAUUUCUUCACCCCAUUGGCCCUCCACGAUGCAUUCAUCUGGCAAGAUCAACGACGCUUCAUAAGCAUGCGCCGCUUCGUGCCUCCCUCCUUCAACGAUGUCAGACUCAUUCUCAACACAGCCCAGGUGAUGAGCCUGAUCCGCAACGGGCCCUUGGAGCUUGUCACUUUCGAUGGUGAUGUAACCUUGUAUAACGACGGCCAAUGUCUGACACCCGAGAACCCCGUGAUUCCACGCAUUCUCAAAUUGAUGCGCAACGGCUCCAAGAUCGGCAUCGUUACAGCAGCAGGCUACACCGAAGCACACAAAUACUACGAAAGACUCUAUGGACUUCUGGACGCUAUCUACGCCUCGGAUCUGCCACAGUCGGCAAAACAGGGACUCAUCAUCAUGGGCGGAGAAAGCAACUACUGCUUUAGAUUCGACGGGAAUGUGCCGGAUAUGUUGAAGCUAGUGCCGAAACAGGAAUGGCUGCUGAAGGAGAUGGUGCUGUGGGAAGAAUCAGACAUCACCGCGUUGCUUGACAUCGCCGAAGCAUCACUGAGGGACACAGUCAAGAACAUGCGCAUGGAUGCGACCAUUGUGCGGAAGGAGCGAGCAGUUGGUAUAAUACCUCAGCCUGGUAACAAAUUCUGCCGGGAGACGCUCGAAGAGACUGUCCUGAUUGCGCAGAAGAUAUUGGAGAUGUCCGAAGUUGGUAAUCGCCUCCCGUUUUGCGCUUUCAAUGGCGGCAACGACGUGUUCGUUGAUAUCGGAGACAAGUCAUGGGGCGUGCUCGCAUGCCAACAGUUCUUCGGUGGUAUUGAAGGAAGUAAAACACUGCAUGUAGGAGACCAGUUCCUGUCAGCCGGUGCAAACGACUUCAAGGCUCGACUGGCAUGCACCACAGCUUGGAUAGCUAAUCCAACGGAGACGGUUCAAUUGCUCGACGAGAUGGCGGAGUUAGAGGAGAUUCAGCAGCGCAAGCUCAGGUGA